ACAAUCGGCAAGGUAAGGGCAUGAAUUUUAAUUUCUUCCUAAUUAAAUCACAUUAAAAUAAUUCAACUAACGCAAGAUCAUCCCUGUCAUUACGUUAUGCUCUCUAAUUUUCUUCAAUUUUUUUUUAACAAAUCGCUUUCGCUGGAAAAAUUAGGGAAAAUAUCUUAGUUACUAUAAAUAUGGUCGGAAGUGGGUUCGGGAUUCAGGGCAUUUGGUGAUGGGAAUGAGAGGUAGUAAGCUGAGCAGACUGAUUGGCGCGCAAGGGAAUGAGAAGCGAUCAGUCGAAGGUUCGCUGCGGCAAUUGACGCCGAAAGGGUACGUUCCUGUGUGCGUAGGGGUCGAUGGUGAGACGAGGCGGUUUAUUGUUCACUGGACAAUGCUUGCUCGCGACUCGGAUUUCUUUGAUCUGCUUUGUAAAUCGGCUGAGGAGUAUGGAUUUUGUAAUGAUGGUGUGCUGAAGAUUCCUCAUGAAGCGAAGGAUUUCGAGGAGAGGAUCGUGAGAAGAGCCAAGCGGAAGAUUCUUCGUGUCUAGUUUAGACAUGGCCAUGACCAUGGCUAUGAAAUUGUAUUGAUUAUUUGGAUUUUAUUUUUUAGUUUACUUAGCUAUAUAUAUAGUACCCGACACGGGUGUGGUGUUGACACAUAAUUUGGUGUCAACACCAUAUGGUAAGCAUCUAGAUCUAGAGUUCCUGUUUCUUGUUCUACGUAGACAGACUACAUGUUGAAAUUUUUAACAACUUGGAGGUGCUCUUUUAUCAAUAUAUCAGGAAGGGCUGUUUCACUCUUGUAAAUUUAUGUUUUUUAAGUUGGGAUGUUUAUAAGUUUGAGUACUCUUUAUACUUCAUUUUUUAAUAAAUGUUACUUUUUAUU